CUUCCGGCUAAAUCAGAGGGUUCAUGCGAAUAUUAAGAUGUCUCUGAUUUCGCGUGUGACAGCUCUCGAUUUCGAUUAGUCUCUGAAUCAUUUGAACUCGGGGCUAGCAAACCCGUUUGUGACUCAGUUAUGGCGGAUUUCCAGACAUCAACUCACCGUGCCAAGUGGAUUUUAACUCCUCAAACUCUGGCGGAGAAAUAUAAAUCUGUUAAUCAAAGGGCGGUGCAAAUGCUUGAAAAGUAUGGAACAACCCAAGUCGAGGUAGAUCCCAGUGGAACACUAUCGUACCCUACACAUAAAGGUGAUACAGGCGAUCACGCUGACAAGAAGCUAAAGCCUCUAAGUGUUGAAGAAGAACAGUUCAUGAGAGCAUUUUAUGAAGCGAAGCUCCAGGAAGUGUGCAGUGCCUUUUGCUUUCCACAUAAGAUUCAGGCAACAGCUCUCCAAUACUUUAAAAGAUUUUAUCUUCAAUGGUCUGUCAUGCAGCAUCAUCCAAAAGAAAUAAUGUUAACCUGUGUGUAUGCAGCAUGUAAAAUAGAGGAGAAUCAUGUCUCUGCGGAGGAGAUAGGGAAGGGAAUCCAGCAAGAUCAUCAAAUAAUUCUCAAGUAUGAGAUGGCUGUUCUUCAGAGUUUGGAAUUUGAUCUAAUUGUUUAUGCACCAUAUCGUGCAAUUGAAGGUUUUGUCGAUGAUAUGGAGGCAUUUUUCCAAGCAAGAGAUGAUGAAGUCCAGAAACUAAAGGAUGUUCUCAAAGCUGCGACUGCAGAAACUGAUAAAAUCAUGCUCACAGAUGCUCCACUUCUUUUCCCACCUGGCCAGUUGGCAUUGGCUGCCUUGCGUAUGGCAAACGGGAUAGUUGGAGCUGUUUACUUUGACAGGUACCUAGAGAACAUUGUUGCUCGACCAAAUUCUGGGCACACCGUUUCAGAACUCACAAAUUUACUCGAUGCAAUUGAAAGUUUGGUAAAGAACUAUAAAUUUCCCAGUGAAAAGGACAUGAAGCACAUCAACCGGAAGCUAAAAUCUUGUCUAGGACAUAGUGCACAUGACGAGAGUAGGAAACGGGAGAAGAAAUCAAAGCACAAAUCCCAUAGGAGUUCCAACGAUACACCGAAUGGGGAAAUGAUGGGCUGAUCUUCCUGUUUGCUUUGAAUCUCCGUAGUUUUGCCAAAGAAUUUCUUCCUUGGUACUUGGCCCGUUUUGAUCUAAUGAAGGCUUUUAUUGAACAGGAAAAUUCUCAUAUCAUUUUCCUGCGUAUCUGUAUUAGUAGGGCUUAGUAGAACCAAGAAUUCUCCAUUGUAUUCAAAGUUUAAAAAAAAAGAGUAACUGAUUAAAUGGGUAAGAUUAUCAAUUACAACAUUUGAGCUAAA